AUGGGGAGUGAAGGAGGCGAAGGCAAGAUCAUCGACUGCAGCGACUGCAGACAAGAAUCUGCGGACACAACAUUACGACCUGGGACUGUAUACCCUAGCUGCGUAACUAUUCUCUACCUGUAUCAUAACCCCUCCCGGGCCCGCGCACUGAACCUCGCGUCCUGCUUAGCACCUAUCCAACCCCUGAGUACCCUAGGCUUGGGACGGGGUUUACUCUCUCUCGUUACACCCCCUAUCCUGCAUUCCUCUCUGUGGCCGGAGCUGUAUGCCUAUCUCCGCACCACACCACACCAGCCGCCCUCUGUCAAGGCCAUGACAUCCCUAAGACCGGAAUCUAUUACCCUGGAUACAUUCAACAACAUAUUAUCCCGAUACCCAGCUUCUGUCCCUGAACGUUUGCGAGACCUGGAUGCCCUUCGAUACGACACGAUUCCCGUCAAAGUCGCUAAGAGGAAGGAAGACGACGACGCCUUUCUCUCGAAAGACGAAGUCGAGAAACUGGUGGAAUGGAAACUGUACGCUAGUCCCGCGUCCUCGCGAAACUCUCGAGAUUUGCACAUGGAUAUGGAUUUGUAUUUGAAACACGGGGUAUUCCGCCCAAAACUGUUACAACUGGUCCAAUCCAAUCCUCCAAAUCUAAUCCAAUCCACAAUACGGAAGGCAUUCAAAACCCUUCUCUCUUCCUCCCUAAAAUCUCCAUCUCCAUCUCCACUCCCGAGUCUAAAAAUCCUAACGGAGAUAAAAGGCAUCGGGCCAGCCACAGCCUCCCUCCUCCUAUCUGUCUAUGCUCCAUAUGAAGUUCCUUUUUUUUCAGACGAGCUAUUGAGGUGGAUGAUGUGGGAUGAAGGAAGUGGGUGGAAGAGGAAGAUUGCGUAUUCGGUGAAGGAGUAUGUAGGGUUGGUGGAGAGGGUUAGGAGGGUGAGGGAAAGGUUGGGGGUCGGGGCUGGGGAUGUUGAGAAGGUGGCUUGGGUUUUGGGGAGGGAGGGGGCGGAUGUUGGGGUGAGGAUUGGGCAGGACGAGAGGGAGGUGGGAGCGAAGGGCGUUGAGGAUGGGGAAGUAGAUGAGGGGAAAGGGAUUUUAAGGACGAAGGGAGGGAGGGCCGUGAAAGGUGCUCUUAUGAGUAGAUUUACUAAGAAAGGGACGGGUGGAGGAAGAGUGGUGAAGAAGAGUGAGAAGCGGAAGAAAAUGGAUAAGUCUAAGGUUCUGGUUGGAUUUUUACGAAGGACUGGGCGUAGAAAGCUAGUUUUCCGGGGUUGGCUGUUCUACAAAACUAGCAUAUCGCAAUUCUGGGCUCUCGUUAAACAAGACACAAUCAUAUCAUUACACGAAUUGAUCCAACCUAAAAACAACGCGAUAGUUAUAUACAAACUCCGCGGCUUAGUGUAA